UUUUUCUUGCAAGUAGCUUUGCGAGCAGCUUACAAAUAGCUAUGCAAGCAACUAUUACCUCUGUUCUUCAAGUUAUUCCUACUCCACAAUCUCCAUUGUCACACCAAACUAGCAACAAUACCUUAAGGGGCUUAGAAUCAUGUUCAUCAAUGUCGCAACUCAAACAAUUCCAUGCCCAAAUUGUCAAGCAUGGCCUCUCCUAUGACAAUGACGCAAUGGGUCGAGUUAUUAAGUUCUGUGCAAUAUCCGAAUUGGGCGAUUUGAAUUAUGCAGUCCAAGUGUUUGAUAAAUUGCCUGAACCAGACCCUUUUAUAUAUAAUGCUGUUAUUAGGGGUUUAUUGAAAUCUCAAAUGCUGAGAGAUUCUUUGUUUUUUUACUUGUGUAUGUUGGAACGUUCCGUUUGGCCUAAUAGUUUCACUUUUCCUCCUCUUAUUAGAGUUUGUUGUAUAGACAAUGCUGUGGAAGAAGGUAAACAGAUUCAUGGUCAUGUGGUGAAGUUUGGGUUCGGGUUUGAUCGGUUUUCGCAGAAUAAUUUGAUUCAUAUGUAUGUGAAUUUUCGUUGUUUGGAGGAAGCGAAGAGGGUGUUUGAUAAUAUGUGUGAGAGAGAUGAUGUUUCUUUGACUACAUUGAUUAGUGGUUAUGCUCAAUUGGGGUAUCUUGAUGAAGCUUUUCAAGUGUUUGAUUCGAUUACGGAGAAAAGUUCUGUUAUUUGGAAUGCUAUGAUAUCAGCUUAUGUGCAGAGUAACCGGUUUCAUGAGGCGUUUGCUUUGUUCGAAAGGAUGGGGUCUGAGGGUGUUGUGGUUGAUAAGUUUCUUGCUGCUAGUAUGUUGUCAGCUUGUACGCGACUUGGAGCGUUGAAGCAAGGUGAGUGGAUAGUUGAACAUGUCAAGAAGAGUGGGAUUGAUCUGGACUCGAAAUUGGGUGCUACGAUUAUUGAUAUGUAUUGCAAAUGUGGCUGCUUAGAUAAGGCUGUUGAGUUCUUUAAAGGGUUGCCAAGAAAAGGAAUAUCGUCAUGGAAUUGUAUGAUUGGAGGGUUGGCGAUGCACGGAAAAGGUGAGGCUGCCAUUGAGGUUUUGAAGGAAAUGGAGAGUGAGAGGGUAGCUCCAGACUACAUUACGUUUGUGAAUCUACUUAGUGCUUGUGCUCAUUCAGGGUUGGUUGAAGAAGGAAAACACUAUUUUCGUUACAUGAAAGAAGCGUAUGGCAUUGAACCUGGCAUGGAGCAUUAUGGAUGUUUAGUUGAUUUGCUCGGAAGAGCUGGAUUACUGGUAGAAGCAAGAAGGGUCAUAAACGAGAUGCCUAUGAGUCCCGAUGUAGGUGUAUUGGGUGCUCUUCUUGGCGCAUGUAGGAUUCACAAGAACAUAGAGCUCGGAGAAAAGAUAGGGAAGCAAGUGAUCGAAUUAGAACCUCAGAACAGUGGUCGAUACGUGUUGUUAGCUAACUUAUAUGCCUAUGCAGGUAGAUGGGAAGAUGUUGCCAGUAUAAGAAAGUUGAUGAAUGACAGGGGAGUGAAAAAGGUCCCUGGCUUCUCCAUCGUUGAAUUAGAAGGCGUUGUUAACGAGUUCAUUGCAGGAGGAAGAACUCAUCCUCAAGCCAAAGAGAUAUAUGCAAAAGUAAACGAAAUGCUGGACCGUAUAAAAUCUGCAGGCUAUUUUCCAGAUUCUGAUGGAAUGCAACAUGAUAUUGAUGAGGAAGAAACAGAGAAUCCUUUGAACUAUCAUAGUGAGAAACUAGCUAUUGCUUUCGGGUUAUUGAAGAGUAAACCUGGGGAAAUUCUUCGAAUCACAAAGAAUUUACGCGUUUGCAAGGACUGUCAUCAAGCAAGUAAGUUCAUCUCAAAGGUUUAUGAUCGCGAAAUCAUCGUUAGAGAUAGGAACAGGUUUCAUCACUUUAAAGGUGGAGAAUGUUCUUGUAAAGACUACUGGUAA